CUUUACCCUAACACCCUCAAACCCUCCAGUGCCCAAGAAUCUCACUCUUCUCCUCCUCCUCUCAGUCUCAGAGAACAAAAAAACCAGACUGCGCUCCGUAACGGCUUUAAUCCCAGCCGCUGCCGCCAGCGCAACCACAACCACAACCACAACCACUGUCAUCGUCGCUCUCCCAAGGUCAAUCGUCUCCCUCCUCCUCCGUCUACUUUCGCCACUGCUCCGAGAUCGGUUUCACUGAUCGGAGCAUUUUUCUGGUUUCUCUCGUCGCCUGUCGACUACGGCCUUGUUGCGGCUGAGGUGCGCGCUUGUAUUUCUUCUCUUCUUGCGAUUACAUCUAAAGUUUGUGUGUAUUCGUUUUCUGGCAGGUCGGAGAGGUUUUGAUUUUGUAGCGCCAUGUCGAAUUUUGCCAAGCCGGAGAACGCGCUUAAGCGCGCUGAAGAGCUGAUAGCUGUUGGACAGAAGCAAGAGGCUCUCCAGACGCUGCACAACCUGAUAACCUCGAAGAGGUAUCCAGCAUGUCAGAAGACACUUGAGCGGAUCAUGUUUAAAUAUGUUGAGCUGUGCGUCGAGAUGAGAGGAGGGAGAUUUGCCAAGGAUGGGCUGAUACAGUAUCGCAUAGUGUGUCAACAAGUGAAUGUGAACACGUUGGAGGAGGUAAUCAAGCACUUUAUGCAUCUCUUCACAGAGAAAGCUGAACAGGCUCGAACUCAAGCACAAGCACUGGAGGAAGCUCUCGAUGUUGAUAAUCUCGAAGCUGAUAAAAGACCGGAAGAUCUGAUGCUUAGCUAUGUCAGUGGGGAAGGGAUGGCAACAAAACCCGAACCCACGGGUACCCACCCGAUCCAACCCGGUCAACGCGGGUAAAAUCCGUGUUGACGGGUUUUGGGCCGGGUUCGGGUUUAAACCUGCUACACUAUUCACCGGGUCGGGUUUGGGUUUAGGUAAAUCCGCCCAUGGGUACCCGCCCACACACAUAUAAUUACUUUCCCAGUAUAUUUAAUAUUCUAAAUAAUAUAUCUUCCUUAAACAACUAAUAUUCUUUAUGUUUGUGGAGACAUGUAUAAUUUGUUCUUUCUAAUUGUUUAGAAUGAAGUUGAUAUUAUGAAGUGGAGAGUGAAGAAACUUAGUUGACGAGGAAGAAGAUUUCAAUUAAUCUUAUUGUUUAUAGAUGUUUAUCUUUAAUUUUGAACAAUUUGUAUUUGAUCAUUUGCG